AUGGCGAAACGACAACCGAGUUUGAAUAAUGACGAUGAGAACAUCGAUAACAGUUCUUCUUCUUCUUCUUCUUCCUCGUCGUUUACGUCGCAGUUUCGAGCGCAGUUUAAGCGAAUAUUCCUUCCGGACGGGUUCCCGAACACGGUUUCGAGAGACUAUUUGCCUUGGCUGAAAUGGCAAAUGCUUUCGUUAUUUUUUCGCGACGUUUUGGAAGUGCUCUCGGCGCAGUCGUUAUUGGUUGCAGUCGGGAUGGACGUGAAUCAAGCGAACGCGGCGGCACCCGUGGCAGGGGCGGCGAAGUGGGUGUUGAAAGACGGGACCGGCGGUUUAGCGACGUUAGCGUUGGGGGCGCUGAAUACGAAAAAGUUUGACGAGAAUCCAAAAUUCUUUUGGUCGACGGCGAAUUCAUUGGAAGACGUGUCUCGGGCGAUGGAGUUGUUGACGCCGCUGUUUCCGUCGCAUUUUUUGUUGAUUGCAGGAACCGCGACGUUUGUGAGAAGUGCCGCGUUGACGGGGAGAUCGUCGCUCAUCAACGGGACGUUCAUGACGCAUUUCUCUCGAAACGAAAACGCCGGAGAUAUACGGACGAAAUUAGAAGUACAAGGACGAUGGUUACAAAUCGCCGCGUUGCCGGUUGGCAUCGCGCUUUUCAGAGCCGUCACGAACGGGUUAGAGUUGGAUUUUGCGACGAACAGUUUAGGCCAAGAGAUGAAAGGCGUGACGGUGGGCGUAGCCACGUACGGUUCCAUGCUCUUCGCGCACUCGUUUUGUUGCUACAUGGCGGCGAAAAGCUUGAAUUUUGAGACGUUGAGUCGUAAACGCGCGUUGAUUCAAGCCAAAACGUUUGUGGAAUCGAACGGUAAAAACGUUUUGUCCGUCGAAGAAGUCAGCGACGUCGAAGGGGUCUGGUGGAGCAAAGAGGAAAAGUACUUAAAAGCGUGUAAAUUAGGAGUCGCGCCGGACGUCGUUUCCGGCAACGAUUGGGAGGCGUUUGAAAGAGUGAGAGAGAAUGUUUUCGCGAACGAAAACUUUGUCGCCAACGUCGUUCGAGACCUAACGAGGACGACGAAAGAAGAUAACAAUAAUACUGAUGAUGAUAUCAUCGUCGCGUGCAUGCUCACCAACGAUGCGGGCGUGCGAGACGUUUUGAGCGCGUCUUUGGUUGUCUCCAAACUGAUGAUGACGAUGAAACAACAACAACAAAAUAGCGUUAUGCCGUUGCUCAAAGACGCGCUUUUGUUCGCCAAGGCAAACGUCGAAUCGUUUGAACUCCAACUGAAAGAGACCGGAUUUCGCGUGGACGUAAUACAAACCGGAGACGCGCCGAGGUUUGAAAUCGUUGAAAAUGAUGAUGAUAUACUCUGA